AUGAUGUGUAAUUGUAUCAAUAUAAUUGAAAAAUCUCCAGAAAUGUUGGAUGAUGACGAAGACUUUGGACAAAAGGACCCACCAUUUUACAAGUGCAUACAAGGAAUUCUUCGAAGAUAUCCGCAAGGUGGACAAAUAUUGAAAGAAUUGAUUCAAAAUGCCGAAGAUGCAGGCGCUGACACCGUCAAAUUCUAUCUUGACCGCAAUACAUAUUCGACCAACAGUUUGCUGCAUCCAGGAUUAGCUAAAUUUCAGUUAUCUUCUGAUACUUCUCAAAAUGAUGCCUAUCUACCGUCUGUCGUCAGCGAUCGUUACAUUGGUUUUUUUGAUCCACAUGGUGUUUAUUUCUCUGAACCGUUACAUCCAGCAAGAGGAAAACGUAUCGAUUUUUUGAAAAAUGCCAAUAUAAUAACAAAAUGUGGUGAUCAGUUUGAACCGUACAAAAAUACAGCAUUAGGUUUAGAUUUUACUACAGCAUUCAAAGGUACACUGUUUCGAUUUCCACUACGAAAUGCGGAUGCUUGUGUAACAACAAAACUUUUUGUUGGGAAACCGGAUCCCAUUUCAGAAGACGAUGUCCAAAAUUUAGUUAAAGGCUUUCUGGAUGAUCUCUCGUAUAAUAUCCUAUUUUUAAGAAGUAUAUGUUUGAUCGAAUUACAUGAAAUACCAGAAUUGAAAAAAUUGAAAACGUUAGCCGCAGUUUCUGCCACGCGACAAGGUGAUACUUCUAUGUCAAACAUAAUCACAAGCAGAUGCGCUUCAAUUGAUUCAAAAACAUUCGAUGCAGAUGACGUCGAAUUACAAUAUGAGAUAUUCUUAACAGAAGAGGGAAGUGAAUAG